ACACGGUCAGUAGGUGAGCGACCUACCGUAUGGCCGUAUCCAUACGGGGACCGGGAGAACGGUGGACCAAGUCUCUUCUCCUUCAAAACGCCUCCGAAAAAUCUCCCCGUUUCCUCUAAACGCUUCUCCCCUUCCAAUCGAGGAAUUCUUCUGUCGCAGAUUUCGAUAGACCUCUUGGUUUGAGGCCGAGGUUUUCACCGAUUUGGUGCCGAUGCUGGAGGAAGGUCUGGUUUCUAGCUAGACUUGGGCCCAAUCUGGUAGAAAUUUGGAGCAUUUUUGGUCUUUUUACUCGAUUUGAGGCCAGCUGGGGGCAGACGGUGCGACCCUUUUGAUCGAAUCGGCCGUGCAGGGCUUCGAUUCGAGAAUCAUUUAGCUCCGCCUGUCUGAUUCUUCAAUCUUCCUCGCCUGAAUACAAGGCGGUGGUUUCUUGGCUCCAGCCCUACUUGUCCCGGCAAAUCUGAGGUGCUGGGAGAUUUUGCGCAAUAAUUCGGGCGAUUGGGCCUUGGAUGGGGACGGGAUCGAGCCUACUCGGCGCGGACGUGGAGUGGGGCGAGACUUCCCUCGGCGACAUGCCGGAGAGCUGCGUGGCGGCGGUGCUGCUCCACCUUGACCCGCCGGAGAUCUGCCAAGUAGCCUGCCUCAACCGCGCCUUCCGUGGCGCCACCUCUGCUGACUGCGUCUGGGCCGGUAAACUCCCGGCUAACUAUCGCUACCUCGCUGCCCUCGCAGCUGCCGCCGAUGACGAGGGCGAUGGAGACGGCAAUGUCAAACGCUGCUCCCCUUUAUCGAUUAAGAAGGAGAUUUACGCCCGCCUGUGCCGACCUACUCCUUUUGAUGCUGGUACAAAGGAAUUCUGGAUUGAGAAGAAUAAGGGAGGUCUUUGCCUGUCCAUCUCCUCAAAAGCGAUGGCGAUCACCGGUAUAGAUGAUCGAAGAUAUUGGAGCCACCUUGUCACAGAGGAAUCAAGAUUCCAUAGUGUUGCCUAUCUUCAGCAAAUUUGGUGGCUUGAAGUGAGUGGGGAGCUUGAUUUCUGCUUCCCUGCAGGUUCAUACAGCCUGUUUUUCCGUCUUCACCUAGGUCGAGCUCACAGGCGCAUGGGUCGUCGGGUUUGUGGAACCGAGCUCAUCCACGGGUGGGACAUCAGACCCACCAGGUUCCAGCUCUCAACUUCGGAUGAACAGCAGGCUACAUCAGAAUAUUAUCUAGAUGGAGCAGGAAGCUGGAUUCUUUACCACGUCGGUGAUUUUGUUAUAUCAAACUCCGAUGAGCUGAUCAGCCUGAAGUUCUCAAUGAUGCAGAUUGACUGCACCCAUACGAAAGGUGGCUUGUGCGUUGACUCAGUUGUGAUAUAUCCAAAAGGCUACCGGCGUGAGAAGGCAAACAGGGUCUACAUGUGAUUUUGCAUGGUGGUUGUGAUGCUCCAGCAACACGAGGCAAUUCAGAGGAAGAUGGCUAGUCUUUUUCCUGCCCAUUCUUAUCUGAAAGUCCAUGUGCAUAUUUAUUUUGUUUCUUCUUCCUUUCUUUCUGAGAGUUUUGCACGAACGUAAGGUUCUUUUUUCUGUAUUCUUUUUAGUGGUAGUUACACAGGUAGGGAGGUAGGGAAGUUUUAGAAAGAGGUUAACUUGACAUCUUAUUUUUUUGAGUGCACACUAGUGCUAGGCAGUACUAGUCGUCUGUGUUUGGUCCAUCAAUAAGCGGUCAGUGGCAUCUUCAUCUGUAAUUUUUAUCAAUAUAAUGAUAUUUGGCGAGCUGGGUAUUCAUCUUUGUUUGGUCCAGGACUA